AGGGUGAAGAGGAGGAAAAAGCAGAGGAGAAGGCUAUUUGGUUGAGCUGAGUGUGUGUUUAUGUUUGUACGGUUUGCCAUUGGACUGCUGGGUGAAGGGGCACGAGGAGAGGAGUAGGAGGAGGCGGAGUGGUGGAAGAGAGGAGCUUGCAUGGAUGAAAUUCUCUGUGUCAUGUCACUACGCGUGGACCUUGACUGAUCACAGGGUUAGGAAACCGGACAGAGACACUGUCAAGAAGACGAAGAGGUGGAGUGAGAAAAGAGGAGCCGAAACUGUGACUUUCCUUUCGCUGGAGAAAGAAAAAUAAGGAGGAGGAGGAGAUGGAGGUAAAGUCUGGCAUUCAGUUUUAACAUGACAUUCUGGGAUGAACGCAUCGACGGACUCAGAGCUCUUCAGUUGUCUGUCAACAGGAAUUCACAUUGAAAAGACAGAGCAAAAGGAAGCAAAGGAAGAGUAAAGACUGCUGUGUUCAAACCCAACCAAAGAGCAGAGCUUGGACUUAUUGAGUGGUGUGUGUGUGUGUGUGUGUGUGUGUGUGUGUGUGUGUGUGUGUGUGUGUGUGUGUGAGUGUGAGUGACUUUGUGUGUGUGUUUGUUCGGCUGUGUAACCGGUGGAGGGCAGAGGAGUGGAGGGCCAGGGGACUAACCUGGCCAUCAAACGGACUGGCAGCCUCUCCUCUCCUGGGAUCAUGUACCCUCAGGGCAGGCAUCCGGUCCCCUUGCAGCCUGGCCAGUCUUUUAAGUUCACAGUCCUGGAAACUCUGGACCGAAUCAAGGAGGAGUUCCAGUUCCUUCAGGCUCAAUAUCAUAGCCUGAAGCUGGAAUGUGAGAAGUUGGCCAGUGAGAAGACGGAGAUGCAGAGGCACUACAUCAUGUACUACGAAAUGUCCUAUGGUCUCAACAUUGAGAUGCACAAGCAGGCGGAGAUUGUCAAGCGUCUCAGUGCCAUCUGUGCACAGAUCAUCCCUUUCCUCUCUCAAGAGCACCAGCAACAGGUGGUUCAAGCCGUGGAGAGGGCCAAGCAGGUCACCAUGGCUGAGCUCAAUGCCAUUAUCGGGCAGCAGCAGCUCCAGCACCUGUCUCACCAUGCCCCUGGCAUUCCCCUGACACCACACCCAUCCGGCCUGUCCCUUGGCGCUGGCGGCUCGGGGCUUCUGGCACUGACUGGGGCCUUAGGAGUCUCAGCCCACCUAGCCUCCAAAGAUGAGCGCAACCAUCUUGACCCUGAACAUCUCAGAGAGGGAGCACCCAGCAGGAGUAAGUCAGUGUCAUCAACAGACAGCCAGCCGGCUGAGGAGCGCCAGGGCCCAUCAGGAGGUUAUGCUUCCUCGCAGGGAGGAGCUGAACCCAAGAGGAGGCGCUGUGACGACAAAGAGCCACUUCCACCACACUCCUAUGACAGUGAUGGAGACAAGAGUGAAGAUAACCUUGUAGUGGAUGUCUCCAAUGAGGAGCCUAACUCUCCUGCUGGCAGCCCUCCUCAUUCACCACAUGGGAACGGGUUAGACCGGGCCCCCACCCUGAGGAAAGAACUUCCUGGCUCCUCGAGUGCGGGCGAGGCCCCCUCCACCCCAAACCCCCGCAGUCCCACCCCAGGGAAGGCCAAGGAUUCUGCUCAGAUGGAUAAGUCCCAGUCGCCUUUGUCCAAGUCUGGCACCCCAUCCCCUUCCCAUCGUGAAGCCCUUACACCCGGAGCACCGGGAGCCCCAGGGGCUCCUGCUCCCAGCACCUCCUGCCUUCGUUUGGUCAGCAAAGCCGCAACCAGUGCAGAUCCUCUUGCUCUCCGCAGUCCCAUGUCUGUGCCCCCCGGUUCAUACCCGGCUCAUUUUGGCGUGGUGUCCCACGCAGGACUGAACGGGGAGCUGGCCAGCCCGGGAGGGUUCGGUGGGGCUUUAACUCUCUCCCCACAAAUCAGCGCGGCAGCCAGCGCCUACUCCCGCAGCCCCAUGGUGGCGUAUGACUCUCGGUCUCACUUAAGAGCCCCCGGGUUGCCCUCCUCUCUCCCUGGUUCCUCUGGUGGCAAACCCGCCUACUCGUUCCACGUGAGCGCAGACGGCCAGAUGCAGCCGGUCCCCUUUCCCCCCGAUGCGCUGCUGGGCCCGGGAAUCCCUCGGCACGCGCGUCAGAUCCACACCCUGAACCACGGAGAGGUGGUGUGUGCUGUCACCAUCAGCACCUCCACACGUCACGUCUACACUGGAGGAAAGGGCUGUGUCAAGGUGUGGGACAUCAGCCAACCAGGAAGCAAGAGCCCCAUGGCCCAGCUGGACUGUCUGAACAGGGAUAACUACAUCCGCUCUUGUAAAAUCCUCCCCGACGGGCGGACGUUGAUUGUCGGUGGCGAGGCCAGCACGCUGUCGAUCUGGGAUUUGGCCACGCCCACCCCUCGCAUCAAGGCGGAGCUCACGUCGUCCGCCCCGGCCUGCUACGCUCUGGCCAUUUCCCCUGACAACAAAGUCUGCUUCUCCUGCUGCAGCGACGGCAACAUUGUAGUCUGGGACCUUCACAACCAGACGCUGGUCAGGCAGUUCCAGGGCCACACAGAUGGAGCGAGCUGCAUCGACAUCUCCAACGACGGCACCAAGCUGUGGACAGGCGGUCUGGACAACACUGUCCGCUGCUGGGACCUCAGAGAGGGACGCCAGCUCCAGCAACAUGACUUCACCUCACAGAUCUUCUCUCUGGGUUACUGUCCGACGGGCGAGUGGCUGGCUGUGGGAAUGGAGAGCAGUAACGUUGAAGUCCUGCACGUCUCCAAACCUGACAAGUAUCAGCUGCACCUCCAUGAGAGCUGCGUUCUCUCCCUCAAGUUUGCCUACUGCGGAAAGUGGUUCGUGAGCACAGGAAAGGACAAUCUGUUAAAUGCAUGGAGAACGCCAUAUGGAGCAAGUAUUUUCCAGUCCAAGGAGUCUUCAUCUGUCCUGAGCUGUGACGUCUCGCCAGACGACAAGUACAUAGUGACAGGCUCCGGGGACAAGAAGGCCACGGUGUACGAGGUGGUGUACUGAGGGCCGGGACAAGAUGAGAAGAGACAGGAUGGAGAUUUUUUUUUUUUUUUUUUUUUGGGUGGGGGGUGAGGAGGAGGUUGUUAAAGUGUUGGGGGAGGGGCGACUAGUUGCCCUAUCAACCACUCCUGAUCCUCAUUACAUCAGAUACAGCGGUACCUCCGUCUCAGUCCUCUUGAGUCCUCCUGACCCUCACCCUUAAAAUAUCACCCCGUCUCCCCCCUUUUUUCGCUCUGAUAUAAGCUACUGUGGAGGCUCCCAAAUGCCCCCCCUACCCCCACCCCUUCCACUUUUAGCCCAAGGAUGAGGCAUGAUAGCAGAGAGAGAGAGAGAGGGAGAGAGACAUAAAGGGAAGCAGAAAGAUAAGAAGGACAAAGGAAAACGGCGGUGGAGCAGAAAGAUAAAAUUCGAAAGAGAAAGAAGGAAAGAUGAGGAGGAAAGAAAGCAAGAGGGCGGAAGGAAGAGAAAUGAAAGGGAGGAAGAGGAGGAGGAAGGGGAGGAGGAGGGAGGCAGGGUAAUUAGGGCUGUUUCCUGAUUAAGAGCUCAGUGGAAGGGAGGCCCCCAGAGGAGGUGCGGAGCGGCACUGUGGGAGCGCCAACCAGGAGCACUGAUACCACACAAUCGAUUCAUUAGCCAGACAGUGGAAGCCUUAAUGAGGCUGACGCCGCAGCUCGAUCUCCCCAGCGAGAGGUGUCAGGAGCUGGGGAACGAUGACGCUCUCAGAUGGAAGGGGGCCACUUCAGAUAUCCACGUACACUGACAUGAAACAUAGACCCACACACAUACACACACACACACACACACACACACACACACACACAAGGCGCAUGUCAUCAAAUGAGAAUACACCCCGUUACACCCCCUUGAGGUAGUUGUAUGAAGAGAGAAACACACACAACACACAGAGCACCCAAUUAAACAUUCAGCGCAGCACUCCCCGUCUCACUGCUUAAUAUCUAUUUUAUUUUGGUCUGACAAAGGCAGCGUCUAAUGAGCAGCGGAGUCAAUGGGAUUCUCCCAGGGCCCAGAGACACAAACAGAGAACAUCAGCCGAGCUGUUCCUUCUAAUUCCUCUGGAUUGUUCUCCUGACACCGGGCGCUGCACUCGCUCUCAUUAAAGGCGCUGUCAGCUAGAUGAAGUAGCAGCACGCCAACUUCACUGUAAAGACAGGAGGGCAAAUUAACACCACGUGAGCGCACUCCCCUCAGCAGCCCAACUCGCAGCAGCUUAUCUGAUUCCUUUAGAGUUUUAUGCAACUGGUUAUUGUUUUCACUUGCGAACCAGAUGAGAUUACAUGUUUGAAAGCAUUACCUCCACCUUUGCCUGCCGACGUGUGCUAUAGGGUCCGAGGUGCUUCAUUUAAAUGUUGGUGGAUCAGCUGUUGAUUGAAGGGAGACUCUAAACACCAGAGAGAAGUUUUUUUUUUAAUUUUGUUUUUUCAAUUACUUUGACGUUCUUGCCAUGAAGUAGGAAAACCUGAAAGCCAAAUGUGAAACCUCUGCAAGCAGCUAUCUUAGUUAGCUUAGCCCACCGAUUGAGACCAGGAGGAACCAGCCUGCCAGGCUUCCGUGAGACCGCUCCGUGAAGUGGUGAAUGAGCUCAAUAUUUCUUGAAGUCCCAAGAAGUUAUUAAUUCCGACCAAGAGAUAAACCUCCAUAUAAAGAUGUGUUUAUGUUUCUAAGUCUUUUGUAUUGAAUAAUCAAUGAGUAUAUAAUCAGCUAAUUAGUUAGCGUUGAAUCUGUUUACAGAUUUUUUUUUUUACUGUAAAACCUUGAUUGAAGGCCUCAUGAGUUGAUGUUGACGUGUUAUUUCUGUACAUUUACGUAUUUCCGCUAAAACAUGAACAACCGUGGCUUGUUCCUCAUUUGACUGACAUUUGCAGCAACCAUUCGCACUGAAUGUACAUUACUCUCCCUCAGUAUUUUGAGCUGAAGCCUAUUGGUUCAGAGGAGACGACUGCAGAGCUGCAUAUGCAUUUCUAUUUGAUUAGUAGAAUAAGAAAAUGCCCUCCAGUUCAGGAUCACUCAGCAGACUGACGGAUUUCUAUAAAAAGAGAACAGGAUUUGAUGAGAAAUAUUUAAACAAUAUUUGUUGGACUAUCAUUUUGCAGAGAUCGAGAAGCAAGACAAAAACUGAGCAUUGUAUUUGUAUUUCAUGGGGUCUUUAGGAAUCAGACGAGUUGUUUCUCUCUACUCUGUGUGCUAGGCUUACCAGUUUCAUAUCUACUGUACAGACGCAAGACUGGUAUCAAUCUUUUCAUUUAAUUCUUGGCAAGAGUGAAGAAGAAAAAACAUGGAGCUAAUUCUAUAAACCCUGGUGUUACUUCUUAAAUCCUCCUUGUAUCAUAUCCCAAACUGGCAGGAAAUAAAAAACAAGCAAAAAAAAAAACAAAAAAAAAAAACACUAUAUAUCAGAGAUCUCUGCUUCUGUAGAAGAUGCAUCACCAAUGUCUAGAUUCAAAAGGCACAUUUCAAGACUUUCUUAUUACUCAUGGGUUCCAGUAUUUUUUAUGAAUGGUGAUUGCUUGUCUUAUGUAAUGAUAUUUCCAUGUACUGGGGUCGCCUCUGGCUGUGUUUCAGGAUCAGGGAAGCAAACGGAGAGAGAUGAGCUUAAACACGGAGAUAAAAACUGUUGAACACAGGUGACAGGAUUUUUUUGUUUGUUUAUUAAAUCUUUUAUUUCCCCUCCAAUGUAGUGUGAAGAAAAGACUUUAUCUAUACACUCAAAACUCCACCGUUGUUUUUAUUUUACUUGCCUUUUUUCUUUUUUUCUUUUUUUCUUUUUUUUUUGCAAGUGGUAGUAAGCGUACUUUAGUCUGUUUUCAGUCCUUAUCGUAACGUUUAAGCUCUGUUUCAGUUGCGUCCAUGGUCUGUGUACACCAGGCGGUGGCUGUGACUUGACAAUACACAUCCAGUGCAUGCUCGUUGCACUCAAGCUCCACUGCUGAUAGAAUGAAAUGAGUCUAAUAUCAUUCAGCAACUAUGCUGAAUGGUCUCACAACCAGUGAGUCUUACAUGACAGUAUGCAAUUUAGUUCAAAUGUUUAAAACUUUGGCAAGAUCUGUCCAUGAGUCUUGCUUUCAAGGAAACUAAGAGGGACUCCCGUAGCGGCUCAUGUAACCACCAGGAGUUGGUGAUCAUCUGUACAGUUUAAUGCCUAUUAUGCCUGCCUCCUGUCCUAUCUGCCUGACAGCCACAGGCACUCCCAAAUAUUAUUCUCAUACACAAGCUCAUAUCCUGUUCAAAAUGAUGCUGUAUACUGGCUAUGCAUUCGGUGGUAUAGCGUGACUAUUUGGGACAUUGCAUUUGAUACUCUUCUUUAACUGUGGGUAACAUCUCUCUCCCUCUCUGCCUGUGCUUCUGUUUCAACAGUGUACAAACUGUUGUUUUUUUUUCUGUUUUUACAAGCUCAUCUUUUCUUUCUGUUUUGAAAAGCCAAGGAUUGUUUUGUUUUUUGUUUUUUUUUUCUUUUUUUUUUAAUGCACUGUGUCUUCCCUCCUGAUGCGUUUCCUAUGUGCUGUACAAGAAAUACUACUUGUGAAAAUAAACCAAACUUGUGUUCAUCCUUU